AUGGAAGCAAAGCAUGGGGAGGAUCAGAUCUCCGCAGACGAUGUUCGAACUCUCAGCAUCAAGUACGGGCCAAAUGGAGAGAGGUCUAGGACUUUUCGAGAAAGUGUUCAAGAGAUGCAGCAAUGCCACUUCGACGAGUUUCCGUUGGAGCCUCGCACUUGCUUGGAAUACCUCCGUGCGGUCGCUGAGAUCGCAGAGAGUUGCUAUGGUCAGCACUUGGCAUGGGCGCAACAGUCCAAAAUCCCAGAGGGGGACAGAGCCAUUUUUGAGGACGAAGUGCUGAGCAAAGUUUUGGACGCAGCAAUCAAGUUCGAUGGUUACAAUGUUAGCAACAGCCUGGCAUUUGAGCUGAUUGUGAGACGCAAACAAUUGCUUUGUGAGGCACACGUCGGGAACCCAUCUCAGCCUUCGUACGAAGCCUCGGAUUACUUUAUGGGCACACGUUACAGACCAGGGGGAGGCAUCGUGGUUCCCUCCUUGACGGAGCACGCCUUGUCAUCCGCCCUGCAUCGCUUGGAUGCAUCGCUGGAAGUCCGUGUGGUGGACCUUAUGGAGCCACCAUAUGCCGAUCGGACUUUGAUAUAUUUUUACAAGGAUUGGUACUUGCGCCUUGUCGGGGGUCACACAGUGUGUGGCGAUUUGGGGGGGCACUUUGUUGGCUUCCUCUUCGACCGCGCCAACAACGUGGGUGACUCUUUCACAGGGGGAAAUGCCUUGCAGCGACGCAUUACGCAGAGCUUCCUGCUCAACUUUCUUCAGCUGGUGUGUGAGAUGAAGCCUGACAUCUUGGUCCACACACACUUCCUUUCACCUGAGCUGGUGGCAUCCUUGCGGCGAAGGCACGGACUGAAAGUUCCUCAAGUGACUGUGGUCACUGACAUGGAUGUUCAUGCCUGGUGGUUCCAACAGCCAACCGACCAGUAUUUUGUGCCCAGGGAGGUAGCAAAAUUCCAACUUAUAGCUGAUGGUGUCCCGAAGAAUGACAUCACUGUCAGUGGUAUUCCGAUCAUGCCUCAGUUUCAGGACACACUCAAGGCUGUGCAGAAUCUUUCGAAGCGUGAGCGUCGGUUGCGCUUCCUCCGUGAGAUGGACGCACCUUUACAUGACACCUUUCUUCCUGAUUGCGACCGCCCUGUGGUUGUGCAGAUGUCAACUGGGAGGAGCGUCACGCACAUCUUCAAGAACUUGAUCACGAUGGAGACGCCGAUUAUCUUGGUCCUUGUAUGUGGUCGUCAGGCUGAUGCUAGGAAGCAGUUGGAGCAGGUUGAAGUCCCACAGAGGCAUCGGGUGGCUCUUCUUGGAUUUACGUCGUGUAUCCAUGAGUUGCUUGCCAUCGCUGACGUUGUCAUCUCAAAGCCAGGCGGACUCAUCACCUCUGAAGUAUUGGCUUGUGGGCUGAUGAUGGUUGUUGUGGACCCAUACCCGGGACAAGAAGAAAGGAAUGCAUCCAUGCUGCUGGAAGAAGGAGCAGGUAUUUGGAUUUGGGACUAUCGAGAUGCUCCUUACAGGUUGGACCGCAUUCUUUCUUCACCACCCGAGUCUAAGUUCUCCCUUGCUUGGUACAAGCAGAAUGCCCGACGGAUUGCAAAGCCAGAUGCUGCCUUCAAAGUUGCGAGGUACGUUCUCAGUGAUGCUCCAAGACAACGCAUGUUGGUUGAGGAAAGGGGGGACCUUGAAAGCUCCUCCACAUCGCCUAAUGGGCCACCGGUGGCAACACAAUCGCCAACCUUUUGGACGCCCCCUCCUCUCAUCAGCAGUGGAAGCAUUUUUUCAGAGGACCCUUUACGCGUGAGACGCACGAGCCCUGUGCGACGACUCAGCAUGAAGGACUUCGCACAAAUGAAGGUGUUGGAUGCGAAUGCAGUGCCGCAUACGGGAGAGAGCGAAGACAGCAGCGACACUGAGGAUGGUUCUGAGACUCACUCCUAUCUUCAGGUGCAGGAAGACUGA